AAGAGGACAUCCAUAUCAUCAAACUAGAUGCCGAUCAAAACAGAUCUAUUCACACCUCGGUGAGAGCCUAGAUCUCUCCAACCUUCCAUCCUUUCGUUCUUCCCUUCUUCCCACAUAUAUGUAUAUAUAUUCCGUCGUCUCCAGCGAAAUUUCCAUCAUCAUCAAAAUAUCGGGUAUCGUGACCAACAAGAUUUAUAAAAAGGUGCCCAUAAGCGAAUCCAAACGGAGGAUAAAAAAAUCAUUUACGCAAUCGUAGCGAUGACGGCACUGCAGCAGCGGGUCGCCGAAUCUGCCCUCAUCCGUCCGCAUGUUCAAGCGGGUUCGUUUUCCCACGCCCUCGUCGUUAGGGACUCGCCACUGGCCACUGGGGAGGUUUCGUGUACGCGGGGACGAGACCGGACAUGUUUCCCCGCGUCAUCACAUUUCUUGUUCGAUUUUCCCCGCGAGGAGGGAAGCGCGCGCGUGCGUGCGUGGUUCCUGGUGGAGAAAGGCCGCUCGGAUGUGUCCGGGCUGGUGGUCCGCAGCACAGGUGGGAGGUGGUAUAAAGCAGCGCCGGCGUUCCGACUCCGUUUCGUGGAUGAGGCGGGGGUGGAACGGCGGGUCUUCUGCGUCGAGCGGAAAACUCAUCGGUGGCUUCCGCUUCUCCCGCGAUGCUCACUUGGGGCGGUUCGCCGGAUUCUCCGGUUGACGGCGGGAAAUCGGAGGAUGCUGGAUCGUUCUCGCGGGCCGCUGUGGCCAUGGCGCCGAGGUCUCCCUGUGGAAUGGUCGGGCAGGGAUGAUGGUACCGCUCGUAGUAGUCGACCUCCAUCCCAGUUGAAGUGUGUUGGCGCGUGUGUGCUGCCGGCGAGCACCACAUGUUCUUGAAAUUGAGAGAAAACCUCGAGGGAAGGGAAGACACAAGUCCGCGUGUCGCGACGGA